AUGUCGGUCCUGGCCCGCGCCGGCUCCUUCGGCGGCAGCGGCGGCCUCGGUGGUGGGUCAGACGGUGGCAGCGGUGGUGGCGGCAACUGGCACUCUGGCGGCGGUGGCGGCGCCGCCGAUCCUGGGCCGAUCAUGGCCAGCUUUCUGGCGGCGGCCUCGCUCACCGCCCUGAGUGAUCCUCAGAAGCAGCAGCAGCAGCAGCCGCAGCGGCAUGGCUGGGCCAGCGACGACGAGGAUAGUGAUGACUUCGAGCCCUUCUGGGGCGCCCGGCGGCGCCAGCAGCAGGACGAAGACAGCGAGGAUUGGGGCAACGCGUCGGACGCCGAGGACGAGGCAGAGGACGGCGCGGCGCCGCAGCAGCGGCGCUGUGCCUGCCU